AUGGUUUUCGAAACGCCAGAAACGGAAUUUCGAAAUCGAAUUGGUUCACGUGAGGAGAAAGCGAUCGUACGGGAAGGCUCCAUUGGUAACGAUUCGAAAAUACGCUCCGCCUUGACAAGCGUUUUGGCAAAAAAAAAUGGCGAAAAAUAUAACUUUUUUGAAGAUGAACAAGUGCGAAAAACGGGUUCAAUUUUCGAAAGGCGGAAGGAUAUGCAAUAUGUCAAAGAGGCAUUACCACGUGCACGCUUAAAUGGUUUUCAUAUAAAGAUGGAAGAUGACUGUCCGCAAGGUGGCGAUGAUACAAGGUUAUCCGUACUUCGUGCUCUCGGAACGCACAACUGUCGAACAGUACCGUGCGUUCUUUGUGAGCGAAAUUUAGUUGUUUACGACAGAUAUCCGCUCAUCGAUGGUACCUUCUUUCUUUCGCCAGUACAACACUCCAAAGUUGCAGUUAGCAUGAAAUUUGAGACUGGUUAUUUGCAUGCAAUUUGCAUCACAUGCAUGCACACCGAGUGGAAAUGUCCCGGUUGUGGUAACAGUGGAUGGUUUCUUGGUUCGGCGUUAAUUGUAGGAACACUGUACACUUACGACGUUUUGUCAAGUACCAUUUGUUGUAUACCAGUUUGCAGACAUUGUCGUGCACUGUCGCUUAUAUGUACAUAA